CCAUGGAAGCUGGUGAAAACGGCAUCGUAUAAAACAGACAGCACUAGAGACAUUAAAACACAAAGCACAGCCGCGGUAAAGCUUUAGGGUUUUUGUUGGGUUUGAAGGCAAAGACAAUCCCAAUUGGUACUUGGAAGGAAAACCUAGGUCAAGCCGAGAAGAUGGGAGGGAAGUGCCCGCACAGAAAAGUUAAGAAAAGAAGGUUAUCUCACAAAACUGAUCGCCGCGCCAAAUUCCUCGUCAAAGGCGACGAUAUGGUAUAUGAUGAGCUGAGGAAAACAGACGAAGAGAGGAAAUCCUUGCCCCUUGAUGAAGACCUCCCUGGCAUGGGCCAGUAUUAUUGCAUACACUGCGACCGAUACUUUGCUAAUGUGGCUGUGAGAGAUGAGCAUUUCAAGACAAAGCGACAUAAAAAGCGUUUAAAACAAAUGAUGGGGCCUGCCCCUCACACCCAACUUGAUGCCGAUUUAGCAGGUGGGAUGGGAAUGCCAGAUAAUGGUCCAAAGCUCAUGUCUGUGUGAUGGAGCUGAAGCGAACCAAGUGACAGCCGAAGGUAUUAGAAUUUGAGAGUUUUGUUUUUUGUUAUUUUUGUUUUUUGGUUUUUUUGUUUUUACUGUUGUAGAAGAAUCUGGGCUCUACCUGUCUUUUUUUGGGCUGAAUUCUGGGCUGUACUUAUCAACUUAUGGUAUUUCUUCCAAUAUCAUCCAUAUAUAAUUAGGCACCAAAAUAGGUGGCUAAUGAAAUAUGCCCCUUCUCUUUCAAA